GUUUUGGGACGGGUUUAAGCUGGAAGGGUCGUCAUUGGUUCGCCACUCCGGCUCGGCCUGAGCCCGCCCCCGCUCGGUUGCCGUGGUUGCAGGCCCGGCCCGCCCGCCAGCUCGCUGACAGCGCGACUCAGGGCGGAGGGAAGUAGGUCCGUUGGUCGGUUGGGAACGAGGCUCAGGCGGCCAGGCCCGCGCGGAGCCGUUGCCAUGGCAGCCGCCGCCGGGGACGCGGACGAUGAGCCGCGCUCGGGCCACUCGAGCUCGGAGGGCGAGUGCGCGGUGGCGCCGGAGCCGCUGACUGGCGCUGAGGGCCUCUUCUCCUUCGCCGACUUCGGGUCUGCGCUGGGCGGCGGCGCGGGCCUUUCGGGCCGGGCGUCCGGCGGGGCCCAGUCGCCGCUGCGCUACCUGCACGUCCUGUGGCAGCAGGAUGCGGAGCCGCGCGACGAGCUGCGCUGCAAGAUACCCGCCGGCCGGCUGAGGCGCGCCGCCAGGCCCCACCGGCGGCUCGGGCCCACGGGCAAGGAGGUGCACGCUCUGAAGAGACUGAGGGACUCGGCCAAUGCCAAUGAUGUGGAAACAGUGCAGCAGCUGCUGGAAGAUGGCGCGGAUCCCUGUGCAGCUGAUGACAAGGGCCGCACAGCUCUACAUUUUGCGUCCUGCAAUGGCAAUGACCAGAUUGUGCAGCUGCUCCUGGACCAUGGUGCUGAUCCUAACCAGCGAGAUGGGCUGGGGAACACGCCACUGCACCUGGCGGCCUGCACCAACCACGUUCCUGUCAUCACCACACUGCUACGAGGAGGGGCCCGUGUGGACGCCCUGGACCGAGCUGGUCGCACACCCCUGCACCUGGCCAAGUCAAAGCUGAACAUCCUGCAGGAGGGCCAUGCCCAGUGCCUGGAGGCUGUGCGUCUGGAGGUGAAGCAGAUCAUCCAUAUGCUGAGGGAGUAUCUGGAGCGCCUAGGGCAACAUGAGCAGCGAGAACGCCUGGACGACCUCUGCACCCGCCUGCAGAUGACCAGUACCAAAGAGCAGGUGGAUGAAGUGACUGACCUCCUGGCCAGCUUCACCUCCCUCAGUCUGCAGAUGCAGAGCAUGGAGAAGAGGUAGCAAGAGAGGCUCCCUGCCUUCCUGCCACUGCCCCACCCUGCCCCACUGCUGUCUCAAUACCAAGAAAAAGCCCAACAUCUGGGACUUGGAGCUGCACUUGUCUGGUGAGGACCUUGCCCUCACCUGCAGGAUGCUCUCUCUCCACGGCCUCAGAGCCACUCCCAGCCACAGUCUCCAGCAUCUCUGUGGACAGGGACCACAGCUCCCAGCUUCCUCCAGUUCCCGCAGCACCAGACCAGCCUCUGCAGCUGCACUUCAGCUCCGCAGACCUGCGCUAUCUCAGCAGUCCUCACUCGCCCCAUGGCCUUCAUGGCGCGCUCCAGGCCUCAGACCCUUCUCUGUGUUCCAUCCUGGCCACGGGCUUGUUGCAGUCAGCAGGUGUGGGCUUAGGCGGGCACCCUGCGGCCAGGGGGACUGCAUGGGGCCCUUAGUUGGUCCUGUGCCUCUCACCAGCACUUAAACACGUCACCAGACUUUCAAGGACAUACUGCAGUGAGUUUCUCUGGUUGGAAGGGGAGGGUUGGUGAGUCCGAGACCUUAAAAAUACACGGUUAAGAGGGACCCCAAAGCAAAAAAUUCCAACCCUUUUCCUCCCAGUCAUUGAAACACCAAACUAUUAUACUGGAGGGUGUAAUAGUUUUGCUGUCCAGUUGUGGUAGGCCAGUAGUGGCCCCCCAAGAUGCCCAUGUCCUAAUCCCAGGAACCUGUCAAAAUUACCUUGUGUGGCCAAAGGGGCUUUGCAGAUGUAAUGAAGUUAAGGAUCUUUGGCCGGGAAGAUUAUCCCAGCUUGUUCAGGAGGGCUUGAUGUCCUCACCCGGGUCCAUAUAAGAGCAGAGCAGCUGACGGGAGAGCGGGUGGGAGGUGUAGUGAUGGAGCAGGAAACCGGAGUUGAGGAGGGCAGCUCAAGCCACAGAGUCCACCUCAGAGCCAGGAAAUGCAUCCUCCCACAGAGCCCUGGAAGGCCCUGGCCCUGCUCCCACCUGGACUGCUCAGUGAGGCUAAUUUUAGAAUUCUGGCUGAUUUUAGAACUCUUAAGGGAAUAAAUUUGUAUUGUUUUAAGUCA